AUGGGAAAUCGGAAGAGGGUGAAAAAGCGUUCAAAAGAAACGGAACAGGAGGUGAGUCGUCCGCUCGUACUCAUCUGAAUACCCUUCCAAUUCCAGGAAGCGAGCGGGGACGGCGACGGGAAGGCCGUCUAUCAGAGACCGAACUGCUGCGACACCCUCAUGUUGGGACUCGUCUGCUUUCUCAUUGUGCUCGUCCUUCUACUAUCGAUUCCCAUGAUUCUGACUGCCACCGGAUCGAUGGAAAUCGAGUUCCUCAGCAAGAAAUUGAUGACCGUCGGCAGUCAGCCGGCUUGA